UCCACCACACACACACACACACACGCCGGUGAAUCGGUUUCCGGUUCGGGUCUUUCUCCUGCAGAGAAGGGCUUCAUGGCGGUAAAGAGGAUAUUUAAAGACUGAAAUGCCAAAUCCCGAGGACUGUCCGGUACUCUCGCUUUAACUGGAAAAAUCGGUGCAAGUGGAGUCAGCGGCGCGUGGAGUGGAUCGUAUUGAGAGCUGCUGCAGCCAGUCAAGUCUUCUUAGUGGAGUCAAAAUGGCGUCUGCGUGCCCACUCAGCUCUCGUCUAAUCCGUUUGUGAUUAUUAGCGUGACAGCUCCAUACAUCCACCCUUGAUUCGUUUCUACCGUUUCGGUUUCAAGCACUAAGUGCUUUUAAAAAUUAUUUUGUAGCGCCAUGUCGGACUCCGAGGAGGAGAGCCAGGACAAGCAGCUAAAAAUCGUAGUUGUGGGAGACGGAGCGAGUGGGAAGACAUCACUCGCCACCAGAUUUGCACAAGAGGCCUUUGGGAAGCAGUACAAACAAACCAUUGGUCUGGAUUUCUUUCUGAAGAGAAUUAGCCUUCCAGGCAAUUUGAACGUCACCCUGCAGGUGUGGGACAUAGGAGGCCAAACAUUAGGAGGGAAAAUGCUGGAUAAAUACGUAUAUGGAGCUCAUGGGGUUCUACUGGUAUACGAUAUCACCAACUACCAGAGCUUUGAGAAUCUAGAGGAUUGGUUUAGCAUGGUCAAGAAGGCCAACGAGGAAUCUGAUAUUCAGCCAGUUAUCUCCUUGGUAGGCAACAAAAUUGACCUGGAGCACAUGAGGACAGUGAAGUCUGAUAAACACCAGCGCUUCUGCCAAGAGAACGGCCUCAUCAGUCAGUUCGUAUCGGCCAAGACAGGGGACUCGGUGUACCUUUGUUUUCAGAGAUUGGCUGCUGAGAUUCUGGGUGUAAAACUAAACAAAGCAGAGCUAGAGCAGUCACAGCGCGUGGUGAAGGCGGACAUUGUGAACUACAGUCAGGACACUGUAGCCAGGACAGUCAACCCCCCUCGCAGCUCCAUGUGUGUGGUGCAGUGAUCCCCUCCGAAACACACAAACACACAUAAACACACACAAAGCUUGUUUACAGUGUUACUCUUUCCAGAUUUUUUUGAUGACUGGAUGAAAAGUGUUUCUCUUUGUGGGUGAGGAGAACAGACCGUGCGGUUUCGAGGCCUUGGUCUGUAGUUCAGAUAUUUAGCACGAAUAAUUUCAUUGGUGGUUCACCAAAAAGGAUACGGGACCUCACUUUUCUUUUUUUCCAAGUUUACACGCAGCUAUUCUUUCAUUUCAUCUUAGAUUUAUAUUUAAAAAUGACUCUUACAUCGAUUACUAGCUCUAUGUUAGUACAAAGCUGGUUUUUCAGUCUGCUAGUUGAGAAUAUUUUUAUACAUGAGCAUAUUUUCUUCUACCAUUGCUGUUAGAGACGUUUGUUUAAACAGUAACCCCUGUUUAAUCUGUGGCUGUAACUACGACUGCAGGGUGGAUGUUCACGGGACAUAAACGGGAAGAUGAAAGCAAAUGUGAUUUUCUGAUUUUCUUUUUAUGCCUGUGGUGCUCAUCAGUUGAAGAGAGGGGAAGUAGGUGUAGAAAAUGUUUUAGCGAGUGGAGUGAAAUGAAUCUCUGCUUUGUUUUUGCCAAGUAAGGGCCUCCACUAGCAGUAAUGUGAUGUGAACUACCGUAUGUUGUGUUAUUUUUGCAUAGACAUAUUUAAAUUUUAGUCGUAAAUUAGGAUUUACAUUUUCCACAAAACAAACAUACAAAUGAUUUCCAUCUGUUUAAACAGCGUCUCUUCUUCAGGUGUUCCUUGUAGAUUAUAUUAUCCAUUUCGAAAAUGUAGUUUUAUAUUUAUGAUUAGAGUUCAUGUAAUUUUGUUAGAUGCUCCUUUGGUAAAGUGUUAAUGACAUUAGAUGAAUAUGACUGAAGAGGUUCUGAGUAUCAAGUUGAGCAUCAGCUAAGCUAAAAAUAUACGUUUUGAUUAGAUUUCUCUUCGACUGUCUAGAACAGCGGUUUGAAUUGGAGAAUGAGUUUGAUGCACAGCAACCUGUUCUUUAGUUUGUGUGUCUGAGAUACUACCAGAUUUGUUUAGGUGGUCACAACUAAACAGCCAUCAUAUGUGUAAAAUGUGUAUUUGUAUAUGAAAAGCUAUCCCUGCUCCAUUUCAAAGCAGCUUUCAAUGAUUAGAAAUCAUCACAAGGCAUCACUGUAAAUUCUGAUCAUGCUAAGAAGAUGUACUCUUUAGAAAUGAAAAAAAUGUACAGUGAAAAGUGAAUGUUUAGAUAUACAGUGACACAUAUUUGUGUUUUUAAAUAAAUGCUACAUGGAAAAAGAA